UGGGAAGUGGUGGCUGAACGGCUCAAUUGAGCUCGUCCUAGUAGCGGUGGCCGUCCCGGCCUUGUCCGGUCUCUGUCUUGGAGGACCCGCCUCGGCACAGCCGGGCUCGGUCCGGCCUUGCGCUGAUUAAGAAUGACAGCAAUCAAGCAUGCAUUACAAAGAGACAUUUUUACACCAAAUGAUGAACGCCUGCUGAGUAUUGUCAACGUUUGCAAAGCAGGAAAAAAGAAAAAGAACUGUUUUUUGUGUGCCACAGUGACAACUGAACGCCCUGUGCAGGUGAAGAUGGUCAAAGUCAAGAAAUCUGAUAAAGGAGAUUUCUACAAAAGGCAGAUUGCUUGGGCCCUUCGAGACCUUGCUGUGGUAGAUGCCAAGGAUGCUAUUAAAGAAAAUCCUGAAUUUGAUUUACAUUUUGAAAAAGUAUAUAAAUGGGUUGCCAGCAGCACCGCUGAAAAGAAUGCAUUUAUUUCAUGCAUUUGGAAAUUGAAUCAGCGAUAUCUCCGAAAGAAAAUUGAUUUUGUCAAUGUUAGCUCACAGCUCUUGGAAGAGUCUGUUCCAAGUGGAGAAAAUCAGAGUGUGACAGGAGGUGAUGAAGAAGUAGUAGAUGUAUACCAAGAGUUAAAUGCAAGAGAAGAGCAGGAUAUUGAAAUAAUGAUGGAAGGCUGUGAAUGUGCAAUCUCUAAUGCUGAGGCCUUUGCAGAAAGGUUGUCCAGAGAGCUGCAGGUGCUGGAUGGGGCCAACAUCCAAUCAAUCAUGGCCUCUGAAAAGCAAGUGAACAUUCUGAUGAAGUUGUUGGAUGAGGCUCUUAAGGAGGUAGAUCAGAUUGAGUUGAAACUGAGCAGUUAUGAGGAAAUGCUCCAAAGUGUAAAAGAACAAAUGGAUCAGAUCUCUGAAAGCAACCACCUAAUUCAUCUUAGUAACACUAAUAAUGUAAAACUCCUGUCUGAAAUAGAGUUUCUUGUGAACCACAUGGACCUGGCCAAAGGUCACAUAAAGGCCCUUCAGGAGGGAGAUCUUGCUUCUUCUAGAGGCAUUGAGGCCUGCACCAAUGCCGCUGAUGCCCUUCUGCAGUGCAUGAAUGUAGCUCUCCGUCCAGGCCAUGACAUGCUCCUGGCAGUCAGACAGCAACAGCAGCGUUUCAGUGAUUUGCGAGAGCAGUUUGCCCGGAGACUGGCCAGUCAUCUCAACAACGUUUUUGUUCAACAGGGUCAUGAUCAGAGUUCAACUCUUGCUCAGCACUCUGUUGAACUGGCUUUACCCAACCAUCAUCCAUUUCAUAGAGACUUGCUUCGAUAUGCCAAGUUGAUGGAGUGGCUGAAGAGUACAGAUUAUGGAAAAUAUGAGGGACUAACAAAGAAUUACAUGGAUUAUUUAUCACGACUUUAUGAGAGAGAAAUUAAAGAUUUCUUUGAAGUUGCAAAGAUCAAGAUGACUGGCACAACUAAAGAAAGCAAGAAGUUUGCUACACUGCCUCGAAAAGAAAGUGCUGUCAAACAGGAAACAGAGAGUCUUCAUGGAAGUUCUGGGAAAUUAACUGGAUCUACUUCUAGUCUAAAUAAACUCAGCGUUCAAAGUUCAGGGAAUCGCAGAUCUCAGUCAUCUUCUUUGUUGGAUAUGGGAAACAUGUCUGCCUCUGAUCUCGAUGUUGCCGACAGGACCAAAUUUGAUAAGAUCUUUGAACAGGUACUAAGUGAACUAGAGCCCUUGUGUCUGGCAGAACAGGACUUCAUAAGUAAAUUUUUCAAACUGCAGCAACAUCAAAGUAUGCCUGGAACCAUGACUGAAGCAGAGGACCUAGAUGGAGGAACAUUAUCCCGGCAACAUAAUGCUGGCGUGCCACCGCCUGUCUCUUCUGAGAAAGAUAUGAUCCGUCAGAUGAUGAUUAAAAUAUUUCGCUGCAUUGAGCCAGAACUGAACAACCUAAUUGCAUUAGGAGACAAAAUUGAUAGCUUUAACUCCCUCUACAUGCUUGUCAAAAUGAGUCAUCAUGUGUGGACCGCACAGAAUGUGGAUCCUGCUUCUUUUCUGAGUACUACAUUAGGAAAUGUUUUGGUGACUGUCAAAAGGAACUUUGACAAAUGCAUUAGUAACCAAAUAAGGCAAAUGGAAGAAGUAAAAAUCUCAAAGAAGAGUAAAGUAGGAAUUCUUCCAUUUGUUGCUGAAUUUGAAGAAUUUGCUGGACUCGCAGAAUCGAUCUUUAAAAAUGCUGAACGUCGUGGAGAUCUAGAUAAAGCAUAUACUAAACUUAUCAGAGGAGUAUUUGUUAAUGUGGAGAAAGUAGCAAAUGAAAGCCAGAAGACCCCCAGGGAUGUAGUUAUGAUGGAAAAUUUUCACCAUAUUUUUGCAACACUUUCUCGUUUGAAAAUCUCUUGUCUAGAAACUGAAAAAAAAGAAGCCAAACAAAAAUACACAGAUCACCUUCAGUCUUAUGUCAUUUACUCUUUAGGGCAACCUCUUGAAAAACUAAAUCAUUUCUUUGAAGGCGUUGAAGCUCGAGUAGCACAGGGUAUAAGAGAGGAGGAAGUAAGCUAUCAACUUGCAUUUAACAAACAAGAACUUCGUAAAGUCAUUAAAGAGUAUCCUGGAAAGGAAGUGAAAAAAGGUCUAGAUAACCUCUACAAGAAGGUUGAUAAACAUUUAUGUGAAGAGGAAAACUUACUUCAGGUGGUGUGGCACUCUAUGCAAGAUGAAUUUAUACGCCAAUACAAGCACUUUGAAGGUUUGAUAGCUCGCUGUUAUCCUGGGUCUGGUGUUACAAUGGAAUUCACUAUUCAGGACAUUCUAGAUUAUUGUUCCAGCAUUGCACAGUCCCACUAAAAAAGAAGAGAUAAAUGAAAGAAGUGUCUACUAUUUUAUUUAUAUAUAUAUGGGAAAAAAAAAGAUUUAGCUGCUAGGGAGCCCCUGUUGCUUUACGUCAACAGACUGGGUAGGAGGAAUGGUUAUAUACAACUUGCCUUAUCUGUGUGAUUAAUAACACGAGACCUACCUGUUGGAGGUGGUCACUUGGCCAUAGGUGCUAACAGAGGCAUGUGAAAGGAAGAACAGCAAAUUAAGUGUCUCAGAAAGUGACAAAACCAUACUUUUGACAAGUUUAUUUAAUCCAUUGUGGUAGAAAAGGUACAACUCCAAUAAAUGUAUCAUUAAAUGUUUAAAAAUUAAAAAAAACUUCUGAAGAAAAGAUAAAUGAAAAAAGCACUCUGA